AUGCCAGGGGAGCCGCUGAGGGGACACAUGGCAAAGGCCCAGGCUGUAAACUCGGAGAGGCGACUAGUGGGAGGGACACAAAGGGGGCACCAGCUAACGCGGACGCUGCCCGUGGUGCGGGACACGGGGGCUGCUCUCUCCCGGGCAGCCUCCGGCCACGCUGCCUGCCUGGGAUGCUGCCUGUGGUGCGGGACACGGGGGCUGCUCUCUCCCGAGCAGCCUCCAGCCACGCUGCCUGCCCGGGACGUGCCCGUGGUGCGGGACACGGGGGCUGCUCUCUCCCGGGCAGCCUCCGGCCACGCUGCCUGCCCGGGACGUGCCCGUGGUGCGGGACACGGGGGCUGCUCUCUCCUGGGCAGCCUCUGCCCACGCUGCCUGCCUGGGACGCUGCCCGUGGUGCGGGACACGGGGGCUGCUCUCUCCCGAGCAGCCUCCGGCCACGCUGCCUGCCUGGGACGCUGCCUGUGGUGUGGGACACAGCGGCUGCUCUCUCCCGGGCAGCCUCCGGCCACGCUGCCUGCCCGGGACGUGCCCGUGGUGCGGGACACGGGGGCUGCUCUCUCCCGGGCAGCCUCCGGCCACGCUGCCUGCCCGGGAUGCUGCCUGUGGUGCGGGACAUGGGGGCUGCUCUCUCCCGAGCAGCCUCCGGCCACGCUGCCUGCCUGGGACGUGCCCGUGGUGCGGGACACGGGGGCUGCUCUCUCCCGGGCAGCCUCUGCCCACGCUGCCUGCCUGGGACGUGCCCGUGGUGCGGGACACGGGGGCUGCUCUCUCCCGGGCAGCCUCCGGCCACGCUGCCUGCCUGGGACGCUGCCUGUGGUGUGGGACACAGCGGCUGCUCUCUCCCGGGCAGCCUCCGGCCACGCUGCCUGCCCGGGACGUGCCCGUGGUGCGGGACACGGGGGCUGCUCUCUCCCGAGCAGCCUCCGGCCACGCUGCCUGCCUGGGACGUGCCCGUGGUGCGGGACACGGGGGCUGCUCUCUCCCGGGCAGCCUCUGCCCACGCUGCCUGCCUGGGAUGCUGUCCGUGGUGCGGGACACGGGGGCUGCUCUCUCCCGGGCAGCCUCCGGCCACGCUGCCUGCCUGGGACGCUGCCCGUGGUGCGGGACACGGGGGCUGCUCUCUCCCGGGCAGCCUCCGGCCACGCUGCCUGCCCGGGACGUGCCCGUGGUGCGGGACACGGGGGCUGCUCUCUCCCGGGCAGCCUCCGGCCACGCUGCCUGCCCGGGACGUGCCCGUGGUGCGGGACACGGGGGCUGCUCUCUCCCGGGCAGCCUCCGGCCACGCUGCCUGCCCGGGACGUGCCUGUGGUGUGGGACACGGGGGCUGCUCUCUCCCGGGCAGCCUCCGGCCACGCUGCCUGCCUGGGACGUGCCCGUGGUGCGGGACACGGGGGCUGCUCUCUCCCGGGCAGCCUCCGGCCACGCUGCCUGCCCGGGACGCUGCCUGUGGUGCGGGACACGGGGGCUGCUCUCUCCCGGGCAGCCUCCGGCCACGCUGCCUGCCCGGGACGUGCCCGUGGUGCGGGACACGGGGGCUGCUCUCUCCUGGGCAGCCUCCGCCCACGCUGCCUGCCUGGGACGUGCCCGUGGUGCGGGACACCGGGGCUGCUCUCUCCCGAGCAGCCUCCGGCCACGCUGCCUGCCUGGGACGUGCCCGUGGUGUGGGACACGGGGGCUGCUCUCUCCCGAGCAGCCUCCGGCCACGCUGCCUGCCUGGGACGUGCCCGUGGUGCGGGACACGGGGGCUGCUCUCUCCCAGGCAGCCUCUGCCCACGCUGCCUGCCCGGGACGUGCCCGUGGUGCGGGACACGGGGGCUGCUCUCUCCCGGGCAGCCUCCGCCCACGCUGCCUGCCUGGGACGUGCCCGGGGUGCGGGACACGGGGGCUGCUCUCUCCCGGGCAGCCUCCGGCCACGCUGCCUGCCCGGGACGUGCCCGUGGUGCGGGACACGGGGGCUGCUCUCUCCUGGGCAGCCUCCGCCCACGCUGCCUGCCUGGGACGUGCCCGUGGUGCGGGACACUGGGGCUGCUCUCUCCCGAGCAGCCUCCGGCCACGCUGCCUGCCUGGGACGUGCCCGUGGUGUGGGACACGGGGGCUGCUCUCUCCCGAGCAGCCUCCGGCCACGCUGCCUGCCUGGGACGUGCCCGUGGUGCGGGACACGGGGGCUGCUCUCUCCCGGGCAGCCUCUGCCCACGCUGCCUGCCUGGGACGUGCCCGUGGUGCGGGACACGGGGGCUGCUCUCUCCCGGGCAGCCUCUGCCCACGCUGCCUGCCUGGGACGUGCCCGUGGUGCGGGACACGGGGGCUGCUCUCUCCCGGGCAGCCUCCGGCCACGCUGCCUGCCUGGGAUGCUGCCUGUGGUGUGGGACACAGCGGCUGCUCUCUCCCGGGCAGCCUCCGGCCACGCUGCCUGCCCGGGACGUGCCCGUGGUGCGGGACACGGGGGCUGCUCUCUCCCGAGCAGCCUCCGGCCACGCUGCCUGCCUGGGACGUGCCCGUGGUGCGGGACACGGGGGCUGCUCUCUCCCGGGCAGCCUCUGCCCACGCUGCCUGCCUGGGAUGCUGUCCGUGGUGCGGGACACGGGGGCUGCUCUCUCCCGGGCAGCCUCCGGCCACGCUGCCUGCCUGGGACGCUGCCCGUGGUGCGGGACACGGGGGCUGCUCUCUCCCGGGCAGCCUCCGGCCACGCUGCCUGCCCGGGACGUGCCCGUGGUGCGGGACACGGGGGCUGCUCUCUCCCGGGCAGCCUCCGGCCACGCUGCCUGCCCGGGACGUGCCCGUGGUGCGGGACACGGGGGCUGCUCUCUCCCGGGCAGCCUCCGGCCACGCUGCCUGCCCGGGACGUGCCUGUGGUGUGGGACACGGGGGCUGCUCUCUCCCGGGCAGCCUCCGGCCACGCUGCCUGCCUGGGACGUGCCCGUGGUGCGGGACACGGGGGCUGCUCUCUCCCGGGCAGCCUCCGGCCACGCUGCCUGCCCGGGACGCUGCCUGUGGUGCGGGACACGGGGGCUGCUCUCUCCCGGGCAGCCUCCGGCCACGCUGCCUGCCCGGGACGUGCCCGUGGUGCGGGACACGGGGGCUGCUCUCUCCUGGGCAGCCUCCGCCCACGCUGCCUGCCUGGGACGUGCCCGUGGUGCGGGACACCGGGGCUGCUCUCUCCCGAGCAGCCUCCGGCCACGCUGCCUGCCUGGGACGUGCCCGAGCCUCGGCCCACGCUGCCUGCCCGGGACGUGCCCGUGGUGCGGGACACGGGGGCUGCUCUCUCCCGGGCCGCCUCCGCCCACGCUGCCUGCCUGGGACGUGCCCGGGGUGCGGGACACGGGGGCUGCUCUCUCCCGGGCAGCCUCCGGCCACGCUGCCUGCCCGGGACGUGCCCGUGGUGCGGGACACGGGGGCUGCUCUCUCCUGGGCAGCCUCCGCCCACGCUGCCUGCCUGGGACGUGCCCGUGGUGCGGGACACUGGGGCUGCUCUCUCCCGAGCAGCCUCCGGCCACGCUGCCUGCCUGGGACGUGCCCGUGGUGUGGGACACGGGGGCUGCUCUCUCCCGAGCAGCCUCCGGCCACGCUGCCUGCCUGGGACGUGCCCGUGGUGCGGGACACGGGGGCUGCUCUCUCCCAGGCAGCCUCUGCCCACGCUGCCUGCCCGGGACGUGCCCGUGGUGCGGGACACGGGGGCUGCUCAAUGUGGGCUGUCCCCAGCAGGCAGCAUGGCCGGAGGCUGCCUAG